AAUGGGAUCUUCAUCUUUUCCAUAAAACGACGCAUUACGGUUAUUUUCAUCCCGUCCUCUUCGCAUUUUAACUCAAGGCCGACGGUGUGCUGGGUUCUUCCAGACAAUGAAACAACGCAACACAGUGACAGCACAACCAUGACUUGGCAAAGUGUCAGAGACUAUCUAUACUAUCACUACGGAUGUGAUGGCCAGGAUGACAGAGGAUGGGGAUGUGGCUACCGUACUAUAGAGACUUUGGCUUCAUGGAUUUGCCAUAACUUGUCUCCACCAAAGUAUCAAAGCAGACCCCCACCAAGUAUCCUUGAAAUCCAACAGGCCUUGGUCCUUAUGGGAGACAAGCCAGACUCUUUUUCAGGCACCAAAGAGUGGAUAGGAACAUUUGAGGCCUCCCUGAUCCUGGAUUACUUCUAUGAUACUCCCUGCAAGUUGGUGCAUAUCAGAAACGGUGGGACACAGUUGGAGCAGGAUGCGGUGGUAGAGCUUCAUCAGCACUUUGAGAAGCACGGCUCCCCAGUCAUGAUGGGAGGAGACAAGGACAAUUCCUCAAAGGGCAUUGUCGGGGUUUGCACUGGACAUGAUGGCAGUUACUUGCUGGUCGUUGACCCUCAUUACUAUGGAUGUCAGAUGGAGAAAACGGAGUUGCAAGAGAGAGGAUGGGUGGCUUGGAAAAGGGUUUCAUCUCUGGAUCAAACCUCAUUUUAUAAUCUGUGUAUGCCUCAGACUGCCCGGAAAAAAACCUAAGCAAAUUGAGGGUCCCAUGCUUAUUACAGACAAAAAAAAUCAUUUGAAAUCAUGAGUUGAAGUCCAUUUUGUCAUUUUUGACAUUAGUAGAAAGCGUGCUGUAAACAUUCUAAAAGUACUUUCCUAAUUAUUUUGAAAAUGAGCUGCAGCGACACCAUGUGGUUACACUGUUAUCCAGGAAAUGAAGGAAACUCAAUAUUGUUGUGAAUAUUGUGAAAAACUACAAUCAUCAGAGGCUUUUGUAUAUAUUUAUCCUCCAUCCUGUAUCCAGUAUUCUCAUUUUUGACAAAAGUAAUCUCUUUUAACUCAACAUAAUAUAUGUCACCAUUUCACUCGGUGAGACACACUCUGUUGGCAAACAUUGAGUUACAGCAAUAAACAAUAUAGUCAA